GCCUUCGGGCUAGAGACACUCAAGAUGAACUACGUCCGGUCCAUUACCGGCUCUGUCUCCAAAGGCUGGAACUCAAUCAACCCGGCCACCCUCAGCGGCGCAAUCGACGUCAUUGUCGUCGAACAAGAAGAUGGCUCCCUCGCAUGUUCACCCUUCCACGUCCGCUUCGGCAAAUACCAGAUCUUGCGACCUUCGGACAAGAAGGUCCAGUUCACCGUCAAUGGCCAGAAACAGGACUACGCCAUGAAGCUCGGCGAGGGCGGCGAGGCUUUCUUCGUCUUUGAGACCUCGGCCGCCAUCCCCGAAGAGAUGCAGACGUCGCCCCUCGCCUCGCCCGCCUCAAGUCCCGAGCAGAAGCCGCUGGAGCGCACAAAUACCGACAUCGACGACGCAGAUCCCCUCGAGCUGGACGGAACCAGCGGCGCCCGUCGAGCCACCAUCACCGCACCCCGCCGCCCCGAGAUGAUGAUCCAGCGCCCACAGUCGGGAGACUGGUCGGGUAUCCAGGUCCCGCGCGCCCAGAGCGAGGAUAUACUGCCGUCUUCCAAAUCACACUUUGCCGCCGAGUUCGAAGAAAAGGUGCAUGCCCCGAUUCACAUCAGCAAGGACGAGGCAACAGCAUGGAACCGCCCCAAGCGCGCGACCAGUCCGCCCCCGCUCUCCGUCGACGAAGCCAUGGCUCGCGCCAUUGCCCUCUCCAAGAAGCUCUUCACAUCAAAUAUUCCCAAUAAAGUCACCGAGAGCGGCGAUCUGAUGCUGGACAUGACGGGCUACAAGAGCAGCGACGAGGAAACCCUGCGCGCCGAGGUGAUCGCGAGAAAGGUGCUGGCCGACGAGGUCGAGGGAAAUUACGACAUUGGGGCUCUGAUUGGCGCUGAUCAGGAAGGGAACUUGUGGAUCUACAGCAGCGAAGAAGCAAAAAUGGCGGCCAUGCAAAAAUCUGGCAUUUCCGUGCUGAACGUGGACGCGAUGCAGUCUGCAGACGCCCUGUCGGAUCCUGGCUAUCAUAGCGAUGAUGCCCAGAGUGAUUCCUCGGAGAACCUGCCCGCGCACAUGCGUAGAGACUCGGAUAGUGCCAUAGGGCUGGCCACGCCUCCAGACUCUCCAGACAUGGGCGCCGGCGAGACCAAGAGCUACGCAAAAACCCUCCGCUUAACGAGCGACCAGCUCAAGGCCCUCGACCUCAAACCCGGCGCCAACACGGUCAGCUUCACUGUCAAUCGCUCCACCUGCAACGCCUUCAUGUUCUACUGGCAGCACAACGUCCCCAUUGUCAUCUCCGACAUCGAUGGCACCAUCACAAAAUCCGACGCCCUCGGUCACGUCCUGACCUACAUCGGCCGCGACUGGACCCACCAAGGAGUCGCCAAACUCUACACCGACAUUGUGAACAACGGCUACAACAUCUUCUAUCUUACCUCGCGGUCGGUAGGCCAGGCCGACAUGACCCGUGCAUACCUAAACGGCGUCGUGCAAGACAAUUACCGCCUCCCAAAGGGGCCCGUCAUCAUGAGCCCGGACCGCACCAUCGCCGCCCUUCGCCGCGAAAUCUACCUCCGCAAACCCGAAGUCUUUAAGAUGGCCUGCCUUCGCGACAUCAUGAAUCUCUUCCACAAACCGACCGGACAAACCCCCUUCUACGCCGGCUUCGGUAACCGCUUUACAGACGCUCUGAGCUACCGUUCCGUCAACAUCCCAUCCACCCGCAUUUUCACCAUCAAUUCGAAUGCUGAAGUCAGCCUCGAUGUUCUCUCCCUAAACAGUUACAAAACCGGUUACGCCAGCAUGCGCGAGAUUGUAGACCACUUUUUCCCGCCCGUUGGUCUUCUCGUGCCCUCGGGCGGCGAAGAUUUCACCGACUUCAAUUACUGGCGCGAAAGACCGCUAGAGAUUGAAGAUUUCACAGACUCGGAAAGCGAAGACGAGGAUGAAGGCGAUGUGGAUGACAACGCGAGCGUGAGGAGCGAAGAUGAGGGCUCGCUCCAGGAAGAGGAUCUCGAAGCGAGCUACAUGCUCCAAGGCGACGAUGUCGACGUCGAUGAAGAUCUAGAACUAGAUGUCGAUACCGCAGGCAUGGAGGACUCGAUAUUAGAAAGCGUGGAGGGCGACUAUGAGGACUCUGAAGACGAAGAAGACGAAACUGACGACGGCGCGGAAGAAUCGGGAGAGGAGGACGAGGAAAGUGACGAAGAAGAAGCAUCGGCGGGACAUACCCCACCUAUCCAGCCCCAUCAACAGCAACAGUUGGAACCGAAUACCCCGACGAAAAACCUAUCGGGUUUGAGGGGGAGGCUCGAGCAGUUGGAGAUUGCGCAGCAGCAGAGCUUACCGAUAUCGCCUGCUCCGCAAGACGAAGCUCACUCGCAGCCAACACAGACUACCAAAUCUCCGCCACUACCACCGCCGCCUCCGGCGUUUAAUGCGAAAGAUCGAUAG